UCCGCGUGCUGCAUCUCCGCUUUGAAGGACUGGGAUGUGAACUUGCUCCAGUUCAGCUUCUGCUUUGGUGCACCUUCCAUGUGGAAAUCUCCAGGGUCUGCCCUGUGACUCUGAGACCUCAGCUGGAUGCUUUUGUGCUCCUUCUCAUCUCACCUCAAUACCUCAAGACAUCUCUUUCAAAAUCAUUUGUUGUUUGAGCUCUGCUGUGUGACAGAUGCAGGGCCUUUAAUCCAGGAUGAACGAAUGCUACUAUGACAAGCGCAUGGACUUUUUCUACAACAGGACAAAGGCGGACACGGCGGAUGAGUGGAAAGGGCCGCAGCUCAUCGGUGUUCUGUGCUUUGGCACCUUCUUCUGCCUCUUCAUUUUUAUCUCAAAUUCCUUGGUCAUAGCAGCUGUGGUGAAGAACAAGAGGUUUCACUUUCCCUUUUACUAUCUUCUGGCCAACCUAGCAGCUGCAGACUUUUUUGCUGGAAUCGCCUACGUGUUCUUGAUGUUCAACACGGGCCCGGUGUCGAAGACGCUGACGGUGAACCGCUGGUUCCUGCGCCAGGGUCUGCUGGACACCAGCCUGACGGCGUCCCUGGUGAACCUGCUGGUCAUCGCCGUGGAGCGCCACAUGUCCAUCAUGCGCAUGAAGAUCCACAGCAACCUCACCAAGAAGAGAGUCACCUUCCUCAUCAUAUCCAUCUGGGCCAUUGCCAUUUUCAUGGGCGCCGUUCCGACCCUGGGCUGGAACUGCCUCUGUGACAUUACUGUCUGCUCGUCCCUGGCACCCAUUUACAGCAGAAGCUACCUGGUGUUCUGGAGUGUCUUAAACCUGGUUGUCUUCUUCAUUAUGGUGGUGGUUUACAUAAGAAUCUACAUGUAUGUCCAGAGGAAAACCAACGUCUUGUCUUCACACACCAGCGGGUCCAUCAGCCGGAGGAGAACCCCUGUGAAGCUGAUGAAGACUGUCAUGACUGUCUUAGGUGCCUUUGUUGUCUGCUGGACCCCUGGCCUGGUCGUCUUGUUGCUUGAUGGGCUGAACUGUACUGACUGUGGGAUUCAGCAUGUUAAAAGGUGGUUUCUUCUCCUGGCCCUGUUGAACUCUGUCAUGAAUCCAAUAAUUUAUUCAUACAAAGAUGAUGAGAUGUGGGCUACCAUGAAAAGGAUGAUUUGCUGCUCCUCUGAGGACAGGAGCCAGGACAGACGCUCGUCCCGGAUCCCCUCGACAGUUCUCUGCAGGAGCACGGAUAUCUCGGGCCACUACAUUGAAGAUGGCAUUAUUCAAGGGACAAUUUGUGGAAAAGGAGAUCUUGGUGACAAAGGAAACUCCUGAGCUAUGCAAGGGACUGACUUGGCUGGAAAAGGAGAGGGGGAAGGGAGAGGUUUUGUAAGAGGAGAUCGACUGGCAAAGCUAGUAAACAAUAUAUCCACUUUGUUCCAGAGCCUCAACUCCAGUGUUAACAAAAGUUCUUAUAAAUAAUUGCCUGAUGGAAAAACACUUUGUAAUGAAGAAAACUUUCUGUACUGCCAUCCUUUUUGUCUUUCAAGUACAUGAAAUUGUUUUUUCAUGUGAAUGGAAUAAAUACCUCUUAGAGACUUCUUGUGCAUGGAAACAAAGUGUAAGCAAUGUAAGGAGACCUUCCUUAAGCUCCUACAGAGAGAAGAAACUUGCCUGACUGUGCAGGUUUGGCAUUCAUUGAGUAUUUAUGCUUUGAGUAGUUUCUGUGCAUCUUGAGGAGGAUUGCUGGCUGGGUUGGACAGAAUUGUGACCUGUUUUCUUGGUUUGUGAAUUUCAUGAAAAAGGUCAUGCUUACCUCUUCUCUUCCUCCUCCUUAUUUUGCUUUCAAAAUAGGUAGUUUGAUAGUUUAUUAAAGCUAUGCCAGAAACCUGGCUGUGACGGGAGAGCCAGACCAGGUGUCAGUGGGUGUGAGUGUCUGACCAUGGGCUGCCAGGAUCUGAGAGUACAGAAAGCACAAAAGCCAUUUUUCCUUCACAGAGGGGUGAGUACUGCAGGCAAAGACAGUGCAGUCUGCUGCUGUUGUGCAGGCAGGCAUGGAGGGUGGAUUGACAGAAAAGCAGUAAGGCUGUGCUCAUUGUGCUCAUUUUUUACUUCCCUAGACAACAUCAAAUGGGUGUGCUUGCUCCUCUUUACCUGCUAUGCCACUGAGAGA